CUCGCUCAGAAGCGUGGAGUGGAAGCGCUGUGGGCUUGUGAAAAACUCUUGCAGCUUCAUGGCGGUAUGUGGCGGGCAACAACAACACACAAUAAAAACAAUAGAGUUUCAAUUUAAUUAAUGGCGCAGGAAUGAUGGAAAAGACUGAAGAACCCCCUUCCUUAAACACCGAGGAAGAGAGUUCUGAAAAAGACAAAAUAUGGUGUUUACAGCGCGUGGGGAGAGACUGUGACUGGCUGCAUCUCUCCGAGGACUCUGAGGUUUCGGUUGGUCGUGGUCUGAAUGUGACCCAUCAGAUUCUGUCAGCCAGCUGUCCACUGAUGAUAUCCAGAAAUCACUGUGUCUUCAAGCACAACGACGACGGACAGUGGACAGUGACGGACAAUCAGAGCCUGAACGGCGUGUGGGUGAACGGGAGCCGUAUACCUCCAGCGAAUCCCUUCCUGCUCCAUCAGGGAGACUCUGUGAGACUCGGCGUCCCUCUCGACGGCAACCCCGUGGAGUUCGACUACACCCUCGUGCGGAAGAGUUACAACGAAGUCAAAUCGUUCUUGUCUGGGAAUCUUGACAAAGAGUCUGGCGCCGCUCCUGUAGCUCAAAAACUGAAAAACUCUAAGAGGAAGUUGGAUGGUGGAGACGACGAGUCGGAGCCGUGUCCCACCAAUCAGUCCAAACCUAAGCUGUACCGAUGCUCCUCUUCGGAUAAGUCACGUGCGCAGGCCUGCCCAUCCGGGGAACGCCGGGAAACUGCCAAGUUUUCCUCUAAACCUCUGGAGGAGGAGCGAUGCGGUGAUGCAGCGGGAAGCAGCUCGAGCGCUAGCACUGAUAGCAGCCAGCAGCUGGCUAGCGUUCACCGCUACAGCAAGAGCCUGAUGGUCCUGAAGAGUCGUGUUGGAGACACGCAGAAGCGCGCGGCGGAGCUGGAGCGGCUUCGGGAUCAGACUCCGGAGAGAGAGCGGGAGAUGCAGGAGCUGCAGACGCAGCUGGAGGUGUUGCGGGGUCAGCUGAGGUCGCAGAAGGAGCAGGCGCUCAAACGCAUCGAGUGUCUGGAGAAAUCCUUCUGUGAGGAGGAGCGGCGCCUGGAGACUGAAAAAGCACAACAGAAUGAGGUGGGCUUGAAAAAACAACUUGAGGAGGCAUUAAAAGAGCACCGGAAAGUUAUUGAGGAGCUCAAACACGCUCGGGAAGGAUUCAAGGAAGCUCUUCAAGCCAAAGACAAGGAGCUGGAAGUUACAAAGGAAGAGAAAGAGAAGGCCAAAGCUCAGAAAGAAGAAGUGGUCACACAGAUGACUGAAGUGCUGGAGAGCGAACUGCAGUGCAGCGUUUGUUCAGAGCUCUUCAUUGAGGCCGUGACGCUGAACUGCGCCCACAGCUUCUGUCAGCACUGCAUCCGAGAGUGGCGUAAACGCAAGGAUAAGUGUCCCAUGUGUUGGCAGACCAUCACGUCUCAGACGCGCUCUCUGGUCCUGGACAACUGCAUCGACCGCAUGGUGGAGAACCUGAGCGCCGACAUGAGAGAGAGACGCCUGGGGCUCAUCAACGAGCGGAAAGGUGAGAGGCCAGAAAGCGAGUGUCCCUCCAACAGUCGUGGUAAUAAACGACGACAGCGACAGCAGCAGCAGCAGCAGCAGUGACGCUUUCUUUCAGGGAAACAGCUCCAUACUCUCCGACUCCAACGACUCUCUGCUCCAACUGGUUCAUUUCCCCAGCGAUGACGACUCGUCCUGGUCCGAGGACGACGAUUAUCUCUGAGGAACACUCGUGAACAACAGACACGGCUCGUUUGUUUCAUUUAGCCAUGCUAUUUUUAUGUUUGUAGCUCACUGUAUGAUUUGUUUUGGGCUUUCUGUGUUAAAAUAAACUUUACAAUUAUUUUGCAAUUCCA